CUAUAAUCAAAAACACAUUGUUUUUCUGUACCUUAAGAAUUAUUCAAUGGAAAUACUUUUUAAUGCUGUAGGUGGCUUUGUUGUUGAGGUGGGGAAGUUUGUAUCCAAAUGCAUCUAUCCUAAGAUUGAAAAUAUCAUCCGUUUCUCGACAAAAAUUGAAGAUCUGAGGAAGGAAAUGGAGAACCUAGCAAAGUUUAGAGACGAUAUCAAAGAGAAGUUGGAAGGAGCCGAGCGUGAAGGCUAUAAGACAAAACCACAUGUUGUUAAGUGGAUCGAAGAUGUUCAGAAGCUCGAGAAUGAAUGGGAAGCUAUGCAAGAAAGCAUUGCAGCGGCUAAGACGCUAGUGUAUAAAUUCUGUCCAAAAUGCAGACUUCGCUCAGAAGUCUCCACUCAAGCAAAGAACAUCCGGGAUCAAUUCUGCAAGCUUAAAGAGGUCGGAGAAAACUUUGGAUCCAAUUUGGUUGUAGAAAAUUACCGAGUGAAAAAAGUUGAGCACAUCCCGGAACCAUCAAUAGAAGGCCAGUUAACAGCAACAAGGAAUCUCAACAAACUCCUACGACUAUUGGAAGAUGAUGAGGUAUUCAUCAUAGGUGUGUGGGGAGCAGGAGGAGUUGGGAAAAUAACAUUGGUGACUAAUCUAAACAAUGAGCUCCUAAAGACCGGUGUGUUAAGUCGUAAACUGUCUUUUGGUGUUGUGAUAUGGGUCACCGUGCCCAAACCGCCAAUAGACAUAAGGAAGGUUCAAGCACAAAUUGCCAGUAGAUUAAACAUAAAGAUAGAUAGCGAAGGAAGUGAUCGAAGCUUUUCCAGCAAAAUUUGUGAAAGGCUCAAGGAAGAAAAAAGUUUCCUUCUCAUACUAGAUGAUGUUUGGGAACCUAUAAAUUUGGAUGACGUAGGUGGGCCCCAACUAGCCGCGAGAAGCAAGGUAAUUAUAACUUCUCGUUUUUUGAGUGUUUGUAACCAAAUGAAAACUGAUGUUGAAAUGAAGGUUUACACAUUGGAUGAGGAUGAAUCUUGGCAACUGUUUGCCAAAAAUGUGGGAAAUAUUGUCAAUCAGGAGCAAAUCCAUCCAUUGGAAAAGGAAAUUGCAAGAGAGUGUGACGGUUUACCCUUAGCAAUCAUUGAUGGAUCAUCCAUGAGAGGGAAGACGAGGGUCGAGCUCUGGGAAGAUGCUUUGAAAUCACUUACAAUGUCGGAACCUCAUAGCAAAGUUGUAGAAGAUAAGGUUUACAAGGUCAUCAAGUGGAGUUUUGAUUCUUUAGAAUCUCAGGAUAUUGAAUUAUCCUCAGAGCAAAGAAGCAAAUAUGUGAACAAAAAGAGAGGUGACAUUCAAAGUUGUUUCUUAUAUUGCUCCUUAUAUCCGGCCGCUAUUCCGAUAGAUGAUCUCAUACAUUGCUGGUGGGCAGAGGGAAUCCUCGGUGAACAUGACACAUAUGAAGAAGCCUACAACAGGGGAAUCACGUUGAUUGAGAGUCUAAAAGAUUUCUGCUUGCUAGAGGCCGAUAAGAUGGAGAUUGUGAGGGCGCAGGUUGUUGAUUGUGUUAAAAUGCAUGACGUGGUUCGUGAUAUUGCAAGAUGGAUAGCUAGUACCUUUGGGGAUGAACGCACUUCUGUUUUUCAAGCUGGAAUUGGGUUGACUGAGAUAUCACAUAUUAAAAUAUCAGCUUUUAUCAAGAGAAUAUCUUUCGUAAGCAACAAAAUUGAAUGUCUACCUGAUUGCUUGAUGAAAUGUCCAAAGACAACAUCUUUACAUUUGCAAGACAAUAAACCCCUUGCGAAAAUACCCCAGGAAUUCUUUUUGGCAUUUCCAGCUCUAAGAGUUCUGAAUCUGACUCGAACUGGUAUUAGAGAACUGCCUUCUUCCAUCAAUAGUUUAUGUCAACUACAUUCUCUAAUACUACAAUGUUGCUUUGAGUUGAAAGAGUCACCACCUGUUCCUAAUCUUCACAAUUUGCAAGUGCUCGAUUGUGAUGAAACAGUGUUGCGUUGUCUGCCGCAAGGAAUGGACAAUUUGACAAAUCUGAGGCUAUUAAAUAUGUCUGUUGCUAACAUGAAGACCAUCAGCAAAGGAUUUUUCUUUAAAUUCCCUAGCAUUGAAAUGUUAAAUAUGCCGUUUUUCUCUAUUGGAGCGACUUCUUUUGAUGAGAUAUCAUCUCUACAUACUCUGACUUAUCUUUCUAUUAAAGAGGAUAGCUCAUCAUUUUUCAAUACAAAUUACACCUGGUUGACUAGAUUGAGAGGAUUUCGCAUUAACGUUGGGGAAACAAGAAUUUUUGUACCAUACAACAAGUCAAAAAGGGUGAUAAAUGUCUACGAGUGUGAAAUUUACAGUAACGGAGAGCUCUCAGGCAUGUUGCAGUUUGCUUCAGAUUUGUACUUGGACGAUUGCAUGGGUCUCAGGAAGUUGAUUGCAUACAACACUUUUAAUGGAUUAAAAUCACUAAAAAUAUUGGGCUGUUCUUGUUCUUUCGGACAAGUGGAAGGAGGAAGUGGACAAUUUGACCCUUUGCCAAAUCUGGAAUAUCUCAAGCUCUGUUUUGUAUAUAAUUUAAAGAGUGUUUCAGAUUUCGGUCAACAUUUGGAUCUAAGAUUUUCUAAAUUACGCGAACUGGUUAUCUCUCAAUGUGAAAUUUUAACAUGUCUUUUCAACAAUGGUGGAUAUUGUUCUGUACCCAAGCACUUGGAAGAAAUUACAAUUAAUGUUUGCCUUCAGCUGGUAGAGUUGUAUGUGCAAUGCAUCUCAAGUGGUCAGGCGACACUUGUCAACUCAGAAAUUCCAAGAAUUCGAAAGUUAAAGUUGUAUCGCUUACCUGGACUAGUAACGUUGGGGGAGCCACAGAGUAUGUGGGAACACUUGGAGGAACUCAAGGUGAUCGCUUAUGACGGAUUAAGGAAGUUGUCUAUCUCUAUUCAAACCUCCAAAAACAUCAAAAUAAUUGAAGGAAAAUCAGAGUGGUGGAGUCAACUGGAAUGGGAUGAUGACAACUUCAAGUCAAAUUUAGAGCGUUGUUACAAAGAAACGUAAACCUGAUGACAGAAGGAUCAAAGUAAACUUGUUUCUGCUGCAUCUCAGGGGAUUAGAAAAGCAGAAGAAGGAACUUCCUGCACCAGGACAUAAAGUUUCGAGCUAAAAUUAAUCGGUGCAGUUUGCUGUGAUGUAUAUUCUUAAGUUUUUUCUGCCGAUAAUUGUUCCUUAUUUGUACUAUCCCUGCU